AUGAAGACCUUAACAGCCAUCUUAUGCACCCUCGUGGUCGCGCCCCUAGGUCUUGCAGCUCCUAUCGUUACACACGAUAAAACUCCGAGCCACUUCAACGAUGCAUCGUCGCAUAUGCAACAAACAACACAAUCGGUGGAACUACACCAGACCAGACCCUACUUACUCCCUUUCUUCGCGACGUCACGAGUACCAGCAGAGAAGCGUCCCAAGGUUAUUAUCACAGAAGAUGGCCAACGUAUGCAAGUACCAGACAACCUUGCAGGCGCUAGAUCUUGGGAAACACCUAAUGUUCUUCACUUCCUCUCCUCGCUAGCUCACCCGAAGAAGCUAUCGCCAUUCCCCGAAUCCAGCAUCAUGAGAGAGGAGACGCGUGCGAACAACGCCGAGAUCGAACCACAGUUAACUAUUGUGGAGUUGGAGACUAAGGCAGAGCGCGAGUCCUGGACCUAUCUACCUUAUGUCACUGAAGACAAUGUUCUGCAUUUCAAGUGUGUGCAUAAGGUCACCGAUAAGAGCGUGCUCCUUCCCUUGAUUGCAGUCCCUAUGCUCCUUAUUGGCAUAAUUCUCGUCACGUUAUUAAGCGUACUUCGUCAUUUAUAUCGCUCUGUUUGUUCUGCCGAGCGUGGGGCAAUUCGCCUUGGUGACGAGGAGACCGCGACGCCCAGCCGUUCGCUAAAAAUUGCCUGUCCACCUCAGGAGCCUCAAGUUCUCAAACCUGAUUUGGAGGUGGAUUCUUUAAAUGACUGCGCUAUCGACGAGAAAAGUUAUAAGUCGUGA